AUGCGACAACGAAGCGGGUGUAAGGCAUGCCGGGAACGUCACAUCAAAUGCGUCAAGCUGCGCGAUACCGAGAAAUGCAAGUACUGCACAGAACGGAAGAGACCCUGCAUCAGGGGUAAUGCCUUUCGCUUCCGACCUGUCAAGGCGGUAAAGUUCAACGCUGGCGAGGACAUUGGUUCUGCUGAGCAGAGCCUAGAGUUUGGCGCUGGCCAGACAUGGGUUGAGAUACCCAGAUUGCUACACUUUUUUGCACCCAACACAGAUGGCGACGAUGAGGUGGAACCACUCGAAAUACAAACCCAAGUCGAGGCCCCACCUGAGACUGCCUCAGAUGAAUCCAGUGACAGCCAAAGAGACCAAGGGAACAGGGACAGUACGUUCGAUCAAGAUGCCGUUUCGACGGACCUGCUUUUGUCGUACAACGAUCAUUCCCCGUUUUCGAGCAUCUCCGUACCUGUGUUUAGCGAAGCCGAUGGCCUGCCCUCCAUUCAUGAUGUGUUGAGCCGGACAGUCACCCUGGACGACAUCUCUCCAGUCGACUAUCAGGCAUCACACCUUGGAAGAAACGACUCGCUACCCAAUGCCUUGCAAAAGACAACCAACUGGCACAACAGUCCCGAUUCGAAUCCUCGGACGCCUUCUUCGCCACAGGUCUUCAAGAAAAGUCCCCUCGACUCAGUUCACAAUAUCUCGCCCUACAACUCCACAACCUUCGUCCAAAGUCCUUCGUCGUCUUUAACACCGAAGUGGCCAGUGAACAAUGCUUAUGAAGCUCGGCUCUUCCACCACUACAUUAUCCACUGUACAAGCUGGAUAGACGUAUGUGAUCCACGCUGCCACUUUGCGAAAGAAGUGCCGAAGCGCGCAGCACAUUUCCCAGUCAUCCUACAUGGUAUUCUUGGAUUAGCAGCUCGACAUUUAUGGUUGAUGGGGAAGGAGAAAGAAGACCACUCUCAACUGUGGGUUGACCAGUGUUUGAACGCGCUCAUUGUAGCAUUAGAAGACCCUCUUGCUCACUGGGAUGAGAACUUUCUCGUCGCCGUGAUCCUGUUGCGAUUGCAUGAAGAGAUGGGCGACGCAGACGAGCAGUGCCACCACUUUGGCACGGCCCGAAUACUAAACAGCAUAUCAUCCUUUGCAGCAGAUGGCGGCCUUCGAGAAUCAGCAAGUUGGGUGUCGCUUCGACAGCACAUCUAUGUGUCUCUGACAUCGCAGCAGCCAUUGAAUUUGAGCCUUGAGAACUACCGCCACUCGUCAGUGUUUCGGGAGUUCGAUGACGAGGCUUGGACGAACCGAGCCAUUUUCCUUUUCGCAACGAUCCUCCAGAGCAUAUUCGAGGAGAGCGGCGAAGCCAACACCAACAGCCUGACCAAGGAGAAGUGGUCUGAGCUGCAUGCUGAGAUUGAUGAGUGGGAACGCACCAAGCCAUGGACAUUUACUGCGCUCCAUGUCGAGCCUAAUGCCGGGGAGAAGUACAAUGGAAGCUGGCCUGACCUUCCCUGCACCCAGGGUGUGGUCGCUAUAGGCUUGCAGUAUUACCAUUUGUGCAAGAUCAUUCUCACUAUUUACUCUCCCAACGCAUCGCUGGUCGGGCUUGCGGGGGUAAGGGCACGUAAGGCAACAGAUUCUUCGAUACGGAAACACAUACGCAUAACGAUCGGUUACGGUAUAAGUAACGAGCAUUGCGGCAAUGCCAUGUUCCAAGGCAGCCACAUACUGAGCGCAUGUGGUGCGUAUAUCGUCGACCCCGCAGAGCAGGAAGCUUGUGUAGAAUACUUGAAAAGCUUGCAGAGAAGGAUAGGAUGGAGGACCGACAAGGUCAUAGCAGAUUUAAGGGAGCAAUGGUCGGCUUGA